GUAGGGAGUACUAUUUGAGCCAUUCUUAUAAAUAGUUCCGAAAUUCAGAUUAUUUUCUCAUAUUUUUCAAACAUUUUUACAAAUGAGUUGAGAGUUUAGAAUAUAUACUAUAAUUAACCCAUACUUGAAUAAUUUUAUUUUUAAUUCUUAAACCAACUACAAAUCUAAUUAGUGCAUCCAAUUUCAAACUCCAUAGUCACACUCACACUCACACAACCAGCUCCAAUCAACUCUACCGCCGCCCUGCCGCCCUUGCGCCGCCUCCUUCCACAUCACCUCCGACUCCCUGCCCCAUCCUCUGCUGUGCUGCACACUCGCCCAGCUGCAAUUGCAGAUUCAUCCUCCUCGAACCGCCACUGCCCAAGCAGUUUCCCCCAAAUUCAAAACCAUACGGUUAACGUAGCUUCAACUUCUACCACUACUGUUUGAAUUGUUUAUGGAGAAACGGAGUAGUAACCUUGCCACUCAAUUAAUUGAAGGUUUGUGUAGUUUUCUGCGCAGAUGUAUUUGUGCAAUUCUUUCUGCUGGUUCUCUUCCAAGGCAUGUUGCAUUUAUCAUGGAUGGAAAUCGAAGAUACGCCAUGAAGCAAGGUUUACUAGAAGGAGCUGGGCAUAGGGUUGGAUUUUCAGCUCUCAUGAAUAUGUUGAAGUAUUGCUAUGAGUUGAACGUGAAGUAUGUUACAGUGUAUGCUUUCAGCAUUGAAAACUUCAAACGACGCCCAGAAGAAGUUCAAUCCACUAUGCAGUUGAUACAGGAAAAGAUUGAAUCGUUGCUUGAGAAAGAGAGUAUAGUCAACCAGUAUGGAGUGAGAGUGCAUUUCAUUGGAAACCUUAAACUUUUGAGCAAACCCGUCAGGCUCGCUGCUGAAAGAGCUAUAAACGCCACUGCACAUAAUUCGAGGGCCGUGCUUGCGAUAUGCAUUGCCUACACAUCAACAGAUGAGAUAGCACAUUCUGUCGAAGAAACAUGUAAAGAAAAAUGGGAUGAACUAGGAGGGAAUGCAACCGACAGCAAGGAGCCUCUUAUUGAUGUGGCAGAUGUCGAGAAACAUAUGUAUAUGGCAGUUGCACCUGAUCCCGACAUUAUAAUCCGCUCAUCUGGUGAGACUCGCUUGAGCAAUUUCCUCCUGUGGCAGAGUGCAUCUUCUCUUCUUUACUCCCCCAGGGCGCUUUGGCCGGAGAUUGGGUUUUGCCAUUUGGUCCGAGCAAUCUUGGACUUCCAAAGGAACCUCGCUUCUUUGGAAACUAAGCUAAAACAGUGUUAGAUUCGCCGGUUUCUGCACCUUCAACUGUGAAUCCAUUAACCUCUGUGGCAACGAAAGAAGUUAAGUGGGUUUCGCUUGAAACCCGAAUCUUGUUGUGCCAUUACGUUGUUAGUUGUUAUGAUGUUAGUGAAUUUUUCUCUUAUCUAACUAGUGAUUUUGUUGGUUGAUUCUGUGUUGUGACUGUUGGUCACUCUAUUGUAUGUAUAUUAUUGAUAUUUGAUCCAUUUUUGUGCUA